UCACACCAUGAUCAAUCCUAGCAUCAACAAUAAUCUCACUUCCCUUUCCUCCUCCUUGUCCGAUAAUGUUGUCGGAUACUUCAUUUCGAGGAGACUAUUUUUCUUGCGAGAUAUUCAGAUUUUAGAGCUCCUCCUUGCUCUUGUGGUCUUCAUUGCUAUACACUCUCUUAGGCAGAAAAAGCAUUGUGGACUGCCCGUAUGGCCAGUUCUAGGCAUGCUACCAUCUUUGGUGUCUGGUCUUCAAGGCAACAUGUACGAAUGGAUUUCUGAUGUACUUUGCGAUCGAAAUGGGACUUUUCGAUUCAAAGGUCCAUGGUUUAGUAGUCUUAAUUGUGUAGUGACUGCGGAUCCAAGAAAUCUUGAGCAUCUUCUCAAGACCAAGUUCCCUAAUUACCCCAAAGGCCAAUAUUUUCGCGACACGCUAGGUGAUCUUCUCGGCGGAGGGAUAUUCAAUGCUGAUGAUGAGAAAUGGCAAAGGCAAAGAAAGACAGCGAGCAUUGAGUUUCAUUCAACAAAGUUCAGGCAAUUGACUACUGAUUCAUUGCUUGAACUUGUUCAUUCUAGGCUCUUGCCAGUCCUAGAAAAUGCGGUGAACAACUCAAUGUCCAUUGAUAUGCAGGAUAUUCUAUUGAGGCUAACAUUUGAUAAUGUUUGCAUGAUAGCAUUUGGGGUUGAUCCAGGAUGCUUAAGCCCUGGUUUGCCUGAUAUACCAUUUGCUAGAGCCUUUGAAGAUGCAACAGAAGCUACUCUCCUACGUUUCGUUACACCAACAUGCAUAUGGAAAGUUAUGAGGUUUCUUGAUUUGGGGUCCGAAAAGAAGCUGAAAAGAUCAAUAAAAGAUGUGGAUGAGUUUGCAGAAGAUGUCAUAAGGACAAGAAAGAAAGAACUCUCCCUGCAAAGUGAGAAUGAUAAGAAGAAGCAAAGAUCAGAUCUUUUAACAGUGUUUAUGGGGUUAAAAGAUGAGAAUGGGAAGCCAUUUUCAGACAGAUUUUUAAGAGAUAUUUGUGUAAACUUCAUUCUUGCUGGCAGAGACACUUCUUCAGUGGCAAUGAGCUGGUUCUUUUGGCUUCUUGAUUCACAUCCAGCAGUGGAGGAGAAGAUUCUUGCUGAAAUAUGCAAGAUAAUUAGUGAGCGAAAAGAUUUGGACACCAAAACUCCAUUAGUGUUUACGCCAGAGGAGAUAAAGAAGAUGGACUAUUUGCAAGCUGCUCUAUCUGAGGCCUUGAGGUUAUACCCUUCAGUACCAGUGGAUCACAAAGAGGUUGUUGAGGAUGACAUUUUUCCUGAUGGGACUGUAUUAAAGAAGGGGACAAAAGUGAUUUAUGCAAUAUAUGCAAUGGGAAGAAUGGAGGCAGUAUGGGGAAGUGACUGCAGGGAGUUUAAGCCAGAGAGAUGGUUAAGAAUCAUCGACGGACGGUUCAUGAGUGAAUCAGCCUACAAAUUCACUGCUUUCAACGGCGGUCCUCGACUAUGCUUAGGGAAAGAUUUUGCUUACUAUCAGAUGAGAUUUGCUGUGGCGUCAAUCUUGUAUCGUUACCAUGUGAAGGUAGUGAAAGAUCAUCCUGUGGUGCCUAAGCUUGCUCUGACAAUGUACAUGAAGCAUGGGUUGAAGGUGAAUCUAGUCAAGCGUGAGGAGUCUGCGCUGCAAAAAUACCUUAAUAUCAAGUAGUUAUGAUCCGUUUCUCCAUUGCUUAUGAAUAAAUAUAUUAUUCGUAUUUGCAAAAAAAAAAUUAUGGCUUGUUGAGAUAAGAGAGAGAGUAGAGGGGGAGUUACAGAUAUGUUCAUUAAGAUUAUCAUUGAGCUGAAGAACUAUAUUGUGGUGUGUUAUGGUUGAUGCUAUGCUUUCAAAUAAUUAAUUACGAAUUAAUUGAUUUGUGA